UGGCUGAGGCACGGGGUAAUGCCCGUCAUUGAUUUCUGAGGACGACCCGAGGCCUCGUUUGAAUAAAACCCCAUCGAUUUGUCGCAGUCUGCGGCUCACUAGCUCACUUCAGAAAAUUAUCGAUCUAGAAGGCUAAUCUCCAGUGAGAGAGAGAGUUUCUUUGUCUGUGAGUCGUAAGCGUGCGGAAGAGAGGGAGAUCUUUGUUCAUAGUCAUCAACACUCGGAAUACUCUAGGAACUAAAACUGAGGCACGGGGGAAGCCGGGCGGGAUUCAUUUGGUCCUGCGGCCAGUUACCAGAAGCCGAAUAUCUUCAGCCUGCUGGGUAGGUGAAGAACAGACUAGCCGACAGGUUAGCGUAUCUCUUGGCGGUUGAGCGGUAUAUGUCAGUGUUCGAGCUGAUAAUUGAAAUCAUUGGUGCCCUGGUAGCAUUUUCAAACCAAAACAUCAGGCAGUGUUUUUUCACAAGCAGUCCAGGCAGUCAAUGCCUCAUCUCUUCUAGGCAUGCAGGACGUGUGAACUCAGCAAAGCCGGUUAUUUUACUCUCUAUCCAAGCUCCUCGGCAACGCUUUUGGUGAAUCUCGGAUCAACUUAACGCCAAGUACGAUCAGGAACAGUGUAUACAAUUGACUUGUAGCCUAAAGAGGCCUCUGACCACUACCCACAGCGUACAGUAUUGGUGACCGACAUACCGAGUGGGUGAAAGCCUACCUCUCCUACAGCAGCACUGGCAGCAACCAUGUUAAACCUUGGUUGUGCCUGCGUCUUUAUAAGAUGGCUAACGGCAUGGUUGGUGUUAAUAGUCUUCACCUCCCUCCUGCUGGUGGGACGAAAUGGCGAUCAAGUGGUCUUCAACCACCAUCUUGACCCUGCCUCACUGACCACCCUGGUCUUUGCCGCUGUCCAGUUCCUCGUGGUGCCCCUGGUCAUUGUAAUGCUAUGCAAGAAUGAUAUUGCCAUCAGUUUCGUCAAGAUCAUCUACUGGUUCUCCGACCCUGUAUCAACAUGCGUGCUUCUCUCCCCAAUACUAAUUGCCACGGUGCUACCAAAGUUAUGGCUGCCAGACGCCAACGCCAUAAACACCGCCCAGAGAAACGCUACAAGCAGUGCCGUUGUUUGGUUGAUGGAAAAAAACACCAGUAUUCUCCAAGUCUGUCCCUUGUGGUUCUCUGGUCAGUGUACAGUGGACACGGGGCCUCUGCUCAAUUCACUGAGUGUUGGAGCUGUGCGCUCGUGGAUCCUUUGUGCGCAGUUCUCCGUUUUACUCCCAGUGGUGCUGCGCCUGAUCCAGAUCCAGUGGAGCAUGGACCUGGCUAUUGCAGACAGGCACCCGGUGUCGACAUCUAGCGACGGGGAUGCAGACCACAAAUUGCUGAACCAGUUCAUGUUCGUUCUCAUCACGGUGUUCUGGAUCGUGGAAUCUUUGGAGGUCUGCCUCAUUCUUGACGCUGCAGCUUUUGGCAGGGAAUACAUAGAUAUUGUUCAAGGAUCUGCCAUCGCUGCCGAGGUUUAUAUUGUUCUGGCUAAUGCUAUAUUGCACAAGGCGGUGGAUGCGUUCUGCAAGGAGACGGCUUAUUCGUCUCUAUUGCAGGCCAUUGUAGUAUACAUGGCGUCAUUUCUCGUUGAUCUGCCAAUCUUGAUCUGUCGCGUGAGACUUUUCUGGUUUGUUGAUACCACGGGAAGACUUGAAGGUUCCUUUUUCAUCUGGCUCAUCAAGGAUUUAGCCGUCAUUAUAUCUUGUCUCAUUAUUGGCUGCGUGAUACUCAUCAAGAGAGUGUGCAAAAAACGCUGCCCGUGCCAAAGUCACUGCAAAAUAGCCGAGCUGGACUGUUUCAGAGAGGCUUACCGAAGUAAAAUGCACGUAAAAGAAGCCUUCAAGAGCUCCCACUGGGUGAAAUUUCUUUGUGCUUUUUUCACCCUAUUUCUUGUCGGUGCGCUGAUAGGUGUGGCUUUAGUGAUAAACGCAUUUGCUCGCUAA